ACCCAAGAUAUUUGUUGUGCUUAUUGUAAUAGGUAAAGGAAAAAACGUACUUAGAAACCGAGCAAAUAUACUUUGCGAAAUGUACCUUCAAAGUAGACCAUAUCACAAGAUACUACUGAAAUUAUAUAUUCGAAACCAUAUACAACCCAUAAAGAAGAAACUUCAGACUCCAUGCAUGUCAUAGGUGUGUGAAACUAGAAAAUCAAUACUAAUUUGUAACCCCACCAACCAGUCUAAGUUCCAAGGCCACGUUUUUCUUACAGAAAUGUAUUGAAGUGAAUUAUUAAAGUACAACAAAUAUUAAUACCCACAAGGUGAGCAGAAGCCGUACCAAUAAGAAAUUCCCAAAAUUAUCUAUCUCCUCUUUGUUGCUAUAAUAGUCCAAAAUAUACCUCUUGAAGGUCAUUGCAAGAUUCACAAAAUGGCAGCAAUAACUCUCUCUUUAACCCUUGCAGCAAAACCCGUUUCAUCAUCUUCUCCUUCUCCAUCAACCAAGGCUCCAUCUUUAUGUUCCUCCAGCUCACUUUUCUUCAACACCGACAAACCGCUCUUUCUGGGUCCUCUUACAACUACAAGAAAAGUAAGCAGGAAUAGCAAAAGGGGAUUUUCUUGUUACUCUUUAUUUGGGCUCGGAGUCCCUGAACUCGCCGUCAUUGCUGGUGUUGCUGCCCUUGUUUUUGGCCCUAAACAGUUGCCUGAAGUUGGCCGUACUAUUGGCAAGACUGUCAAGAGUUUCCAACAGGCAGCAAAGGAGUUUGAAACCGAGUUAAAAAAGGAGCCUGAUGCCCCUGCUCAGCCCCCAGUCGACAAGGCCAUAGAGGGUAGUCAAGAAGAGGAGCAAGAUGCUAAGGUUUCAAGCACCAAGGAGAGUUCAUAAAACCUUAAAUGCAGUUUGCCUCUAGCUACAGCUUCUAGUUAUUUACUGUUCCUAUAACACGUUUGUUUGUUGUAUUUGACUGCUAGUUGUGUUUGAUUUACAUUCUUGGUUUUUCCCUCA